UUAUAAAUGUACUCGCGAUUCACAAAAAGCCGGAUGCACACGUACGAAGCGGCAAGGAAAAGCGGUGUCGCGAACACAUCUUCGCCGUGUUGGCACACGACCACGCAAGCGGCAAACGUCAAUCUCUCUACAUUUCGGCGCAUGCGCAAAAUAUUCAAGAUGGCGGGUGAUUCAAAUUUUCCUGCUGCUGCUCAUGUUUACGAAUUUCGUUUUGUACACAUCACUUUAUGAGUCUAGAAGACGUUGAGGUAAAUGUAGCAAAUAAAAUAGCAGUUAAUGUUGAAUAUAAAAAUAUUUACAAUUAUGAAACUAUCCGUACGUUUCUAUAUUCAACGGUUGACUCAACGGUGAGAGAACAACGUUUCUAAAUGGACGUCAUCGUUGUUUCACCGUUGAGCUCAACGGUCUCGACGACCUGAAAGACCGUUGAGUAUUCAACAAACUAAGAUGGCGGCUUCCAUGAAAAAGUAAAUUUUGCUUAUAGAAACUAUCCAUUCGCUGCUGUAGAUGCUGUAAUAGAGGACAGAUUAAUGAACUUGUAUGUGUAAUCGAUGGAGAGUGGAUUAGACUGUUAAAAAUUAGCAAGAAAAGGUCCCCUAUUGUCCAGUUUUACAUGAACAAAUUAUGUCGACUUUACAAGAUUUUUCCUUAGUUUUAAAAUGCUAGUAAUUUUUUCAGAACAAUGUGUGCAUUUACUUGUGAUCAAACAAAAUAAGAUUAUAAUUGUAUUAAUAAAUCUAAUUUUUUUUUAUUUUGAUCUUUAAAGUCGCAUCUCAUCCUAUAUGCGAGUCGUUUUAUAUUCGAGUAAAUAUGGUAAUAACCAUUCUUCUGCUUUAAGAUAUGUCACUAUAAUCAUUUGCAUUUCUUUGUCUUUCGUUAUAUCAAACCAUAGAUUUAUGUACUCAAAAAAUUUUAUGGAUUAUUUUAUGUAUGUAAUAACUUAUGAAAACAAUUUUAAUAUGGAAACUCAUUUUAUAUUUAUUUUAUUAAUUUACUUUAAUGUGUAUUAUAAACUAAAUAUAGUUUAAGGAUUUAUAUGAAACAAAUUUUUUUUAUUAUUUAGGGAAUGGAAUUAUUUAAUCACACUGCAACAUUCAAACCUGAAAGUGAUUUUCCUCUUACUCUUCAGUAUCUAGAUAGUUUAAAAUCAUUAACUGAUCAUAAAUACUUUAAAUCAACAUCACAAAAAGAUAAAGAAUUAAAAAUGUUAUCACCAGUUGUCCACGUACAGUCAGAUUGCAAUACACCAUCUGAAAGAGAUGCUUACGUCAAAGAAUUAAUGAAAUAUAUCAAAAUUGAUUCUUAUGGAAAAUGUCUGCAUAAUAAGGAUUUACCUAAAAGGCACACUAGGAUGAUCCACCACUUCUAAUGACGGCACGCCACUACUAUAUGCACAAUUCAUGGAAAAGAAGAAUCAAAUUAAUGCCUAGUCUGAUUCGUCUUGAAAAAGCAAUUUUUUAAACUCAAUACAGCAGUAAAUUUAGCCCAAUUAUU